AUGAGCACUACUUUUUUUAAUAUUCCUUGCUACAAAUUUAUACCAACACUUGAAGAAAUAUUUACAGAGUGUCUAAAACCCAAAAUCUGUGGUAAAAAACUUCCGCCGGAGUAUCCAAUAACCGAAGUUAAUCUUUAUGCUUGUCAUCCCUAUGAGUUAUUCAAAGAUAUGGCCAUGAAAGAAGAUCGAGAGGAAGAAAGAAUUCGCUACGUUUUUACCGAACUCAAGAAAGUUAGCAGCAAGCUAAAUAAAGUCAGAAAUAACCAACGUCGAAUUGUCGGAGUUGGAACAUGGAAAGGAGAGCGUCCUGACGAGAUUAUAGAUGAGGAUGGAAAAGUUUUUGCUUAUGAUAGGUAUUUUAAGUUUGUACCAGAACCUAAAAAAGAAGAUAGUAACAGUAUAUUAAUGGUGGAGGGAGAGUGGAGGAUGCAUGAAUAUUCCUUCCAUCCAGACUUCUUGCAACAACUACAAGUAGAGAUCAGGGAUUUGUUCUAUGCCGGAUAA